AUGAGUGGUUCUGGAAAAAGUCUCCUUGGUCUUUGGCUUUACCGAACUGGAGAAGAUUGGACUCUGAGAGAGGCAUCUCCACCAUCUAGACCUGCAGUGAGUGGUCGACCAGAUCCAACGAGAUUCGAUUCAAGGAACUCUGUAAUAUUCUCAUUGAAAAAUCGGGUUGGUGGACUUGCUCAAGCACUUCAAGUUUUUCAAGAUUUAGGUGUAAAUGUGUUGCACAUUGAAUCUAGACCAUCCCGCCGUAGAAAAUCGGAAUUCGAAAUUCUGGUAGAUGUGGAAUGCGACAAUAAAAAAAUGGAGCAGUUGACUGGGAUGUUGAAGCGUGAGGUUGCAGCUAUAAAUUUAGCGACAUAUGAGAGUGGUGCCGAAGUACCACCUCCUACUCCGAUGUCAGCGACGGCUAGUUUUGAUUUCUCAGAGUUUGAGCUUCCGUGGUUUCCGAAAAAAAUUUCCGAUUUAGAUAAAGCUCAACGAGUUCUAAUGUAUGGAACGGAGUUGGACGCUGACCAUCCAGGUUUUAAGGAUCCGGUGUAUCGGAAAAGGCGUGUAGAAUUCGCACACAUAGCGAACUCUUAUAAAUAUGGACAUCCAAUACCAAGAGUUCAGUACACGCCCGAAGAAAUCAAGACUUGGGGCACCGUGAUGCGUGAACUUCACAAACUCUACGUGAAGCACGCAUGCAGGGAGUACUUGGAGAACUGGCCGGAGCUGGUGAAGUACUGCGGUUACCGAGAGGACAACAUUCCGCAGUUACAAGACGUAAAUACAUUCUUGAAACGCAAAACCGGAUUUCAGUUGCGACCUGUGGCCGGAUACUUGUCGCCGAGGGAUUUCCUCUCCGGGCUGGCUUUCCGCGUGUUCCAUUGCACGCAGUAUAUGAGACAUUCGUCGGAUCCGUUCUACACACCGGAACCGGAUUGUUGCCACGAGCUGUUGGGCCACAUGCCACUGUUGGCCAAUCCCACGUUCGCACAGUUCUCGCAAGAACUGGGUCUCAACUCGUUGGGAGCCAGUGACGAGGACGUUGAAAAGUUAGCGACGCUGUACUUUUUCACCGUAGAAUUCGGAAUGUGCAAACAAGAUGGUGAACUGAAAGUUUACGGGGCUGGGUUGCUAAGCUCGGUGGCGGAGUUACGGCAUGCGAUUGAAACCAACGACAAAUUACAGCGAUUCGACCCCGAAGUUACUUGUCAUCAAGAAUGCAUCAUAACAUCGUACCAAAAUGCCUACUAUUAUAGUGAGACAUUUGAGGAAGCCAAGGAAAAAAUGAGAGAAUUCGCCGACAGCAUUCAAAAACCGUUUGGAGUGCGUUACAACCCUUACACUCAGAGCGUGGAAAUAUUGAGCAAUACGGACAAGAUCGUGGCUUUAGUGUCGGAACUCAGAGGUGACUUGUGCAUCGUAAGCAACGCACUGAGGAAAAUUCACGCCGAAGACGAAGCGGUGGAAAACAUCAAUAACAUGUUGCACAAAGGAAUGAACGUGAGCGGAGUUUCGCCGGAAAAGUCCCCCGAGAAGUAA